CACUAGGAAGUUCAAAUGUGGCAAAAUGGCGACUAAAUCAUUUAAUGUCAAAGAAGAAGAAGACAUAUUGACUUGCAGUAUUUGCCUAGAAACUUUUAAAGAUCCAAAAUAUUUACCAUGUCUUCAUACGUUUUGUAAGUUAUGUAUUCAUACAUAUAUCCAGUCAUUCGUUUCUAAGGAGAGCAACAAUAAGGGAUUUACAUGUCCAGUUUGUCGAACAUCUGUGACUAUUGGGGAACAUUCGAGUAAUCCAGAAAUUUGGGCAGAGGCGCUUCCGAACAAUCAUUUGAUUAUAUCGAUGUUUGAUCGACAAGCAAUACAGAAGUUAGAAAAAUUAUGCAACGCAUGUGAACUGAGCAAUGUAAAGCAGAAGGCUGUGUCAUGGUGUACUGUCUGUCAGGAAGCACUUUGUUUUUCUUGUGAAAACUGCCACCGUAAGUUUAAAAUGUCUUCCCGCCAUAAAAUUCUUACGUUGCAAGAGUUACAAAAAGACAUGACUGCAUCUGUUUCUGGAAUUAUAACAUGUGAAGACCAUUUGGAUAAAUUUGUCGAGAUUUUUUGUGUUGAUCAUGGUAAACCUUGCUGCACUGUAUGCGCAACUGUCAAACAUCGUAAAUGCGAAAAGGUGGUUAUAAUAGAAGCGGCAGCUGGUAUUAAAGAAUCAAAGCAGACGACUGCAUUUGUGGAGCUGAUGGUGCGCUGGAAAACAUUGCUUGAUAAAACAAUGCAAGACGUACAAAAACAUGUGUGUAGCGUUGACAUUUUGGGUAACAAUAUUUAUUCAGAAAUUGAAAACUUGAAGAAAGAUAUAAUCGAACGCGUCAAUGAGCUUGAAAAAGUCGCAAAAGAAGAGUUGGCUAUAAAAAAGAAGGGCAUAGUAACAGACCUUACAGACAGAAUAACUGAAAUAUCGAGCUAAAAGUCUACCGUUAAUAACUGGCACAAGAUUUUAAGAACAUGUAUCAAUGACGGGACAGACGUUCAGUGUUUGAUUGAGUUCAACAAGUUGAUUCCUAUAAAAGAAAAACUUGAAACGAAAAUGAAUAAUGCUACAUCAAAUAUUGAUGAAAGUUCACUUAGUUUCAAAAGGAACCGUAUUUUAGAAAAGUUUCCCGAAAACGUAACAUCUCUUGGUGAAAUUAGCACUGAUACAAUUCAAGACUUUUAUGGGAGUUCAAUUAAUUUAGACCGAGACCUUGUCGUAGAAAAUUUUCAGGAAAACCUCAAAUAUCUAGGUGAGACUAGCAUAGUAAAUCCAAAACUAAGUACCAAGUCGGAGUCACGACACGCUUCUCCAAUCGAUUCAGUUAAAAAUGUGACAGAAGUAAAUUUUCGUACCGGGAAUGUCAAAACAUUAUUCAUUUUAGACGCUGAAGAAAGCACAAAUUAUUCAGUGAGUGGAAUAUUUACCAAAGAAUAUAUUUUCGUAUCAAAUAAUAAAACAAAAAAAGUACUCAAAUUUAGUCAUAGUGGUAUAUUUCAAAGCUAUGUUCAGUUAGACAAUGGAUGUUAUGAUAUCGAAAAUUUUCGAGGAGAUGAGAUAGCAGUAUCAGCUCCAGGUUCAAGAGAAAUAAUUUUGAUAAAUAUGCAAACAAUGACCAUUGGACGAAAAAUUAAAUUGAAAUUCGGACUUUAUGGCUUGCGUUACUUUAAUGUUGAUGACCAGUUCGUAGCUGCAUAUCAUAACAGUAUUGUUUGGUUAAAUGCAACAAACGGUGAGAAAAUAAAAGCAUCAGAAACACUUGGUCUUGCAUCUUUAUUUAUUUGCUCAUAUAAAAGCAACAGUUAUGUUUAUGCCGAUGGAUUGACCAGCGUAUCUUGCUUGGAAGAUUGUUCAAUUAUAUUUACUUACAAAAGCCAAAAGUUGUCUCAUCCAAGAGGAAUUGAUGCAGAUUUCCAUGGAAACAUUUACGUUUGUUCAAAAGAUACAAACAAUAUACAUCAAAUCUCACCAUCAGGGGAACUAAUCAGAAUAAUCGCCUGCAAAGACCUAGGAACGGUGGAUCCAUGGGUUAUAAGGUUCAAACAAAACAGUAAUAAAUUCCUGGUUACUUCAAAUUCGUCCGGGAAAGUUGUUGUUGCAGAAAUUACCUAAUUAUAAUUUCGCAAAAUUAACAUUUAAAGAAUACUUUUGAUUUUUAUUGUUAUUCUGUAAAUAAUGAAAACCUAGAAUAUUCUUGAAGCUCUCGACUCAUCAAUCCAAAUGUAUUAUAAGUAAAAUAAAGUCAAUUUUUGAUACAAAAUUAAAUGUUCAAACGUUU